AUGUCAUCAACAUCCGCGUCAAGUGAAGAAGGAUCUCUCGACUGGGAAAAGAUGAUCUGGGCGGUCGUCUCGGUGACUGUCGUCUCGUUGCUCUCGCUCGGCGGCGCCGUCAUCGGACCGCUUUUCGCCUCCGACACCAAGCACAGGUAGCCUUUUUUCCAAACUACUGUAGUUGUCGCGAGUUUUCUAGGCUAAAACUGAACAUUUCGGUAAAUUUACAACAAAAAACACACUCUGCUAAGUGGCUUUCUAGACUUUUAUCAGCUAAACUUUCUAUGAAAUAGUAUCGUUAUCUGGGUCUGAAACAGAGUUGAGCGGAAGAACUCACGGAAGAAUUUUUAUCUUUUUUAGAACAUUUUAUUAUGAAAUGUGAUCAACUGACGAAAUGUAUAGCAACGUGAACUGUGCUCAUAGAAAAAUAAUUGUAAAUUUAGCUUUUCAUACAAAAAAGUUAUUCGAGUUGUUCCGUGAAAAAAGGGGGCUAACGGAAGACGGAAGCAAUAACUUUUUUGUAUGAAAAGCUAAAUUUCCAAUUAUUUUUCUAUGGGUACAGUUCACUUUGCUAUACAUUUCGUCAGUUGAUCACAUUCCAUUAAAAAAUUUUCAAAAAAAGAUAAAAAUUCUUCCGUGAGUUCUUCCGCUCAACUCUGGUCUGAAACUGUCAACGUUUGCAGAUGGCUCCACUUUUUUCUCGCAAUGGCAGUCUCCACACUCAGCUCCGACGCCAUUCUGCACAUUAUUCCGGAGGUUUGUACACUUUUUAUUCGACGUGGCAACUGGGAACAUUCGACUGAUUCUCAAUUAUUAAGAGGAGCUUUGGUACAGUAAGACGGGUGACAGAAACACAAAUUAGUAUCAAAUUAAUAAUCUUGCUUCGCAGCUAAAGAGACCACGCCCCUUUGUGCAAGCGCCGCACAUGCCAUGUCAAUUAAUUAUUUUUUCUUUGAAAAUACACAAAUUAAUGCGUGCUUUCGAGUGUUUUUUUAGAGAAUUCGCUUUGCAAACCGACUUUAAUUUGUGUAUUUUCCAAGAAAAAUGUUCAAUUGAGAUGGCAUGUGCGGCACUUGCACAUAGGGGCGUGGUCUCUUCAGCUGCGAAGCGGUCGCGUUGCGGCGGCGAACCGGAGCCAAGAUUAUUAAUUUGCUAGUCCGUCCAUGUGUUAACUGAUCACACGUUUGAAAAGCAUUCAUUAUGAGAACGUGUUGAAACUGUGAUUCUCAAAGUGAUGUCAGUUCUACAUAGAAGUAGUUUUAUUGAAUUAUUGCGUUUUGUACCUUCAGGUCAUUGGAGUGCAUAACCAUUCACAUUCGGAACAUGGCAAAUCGAAUGGAACGGCACAGGUACGGUUGGGAAACGGGUUACGGUAACAGUCACUUUGAAGUUUUGUUUUAGGACCACGGACAUUCUCAUGAACAUGAACAUGGGCAUGGAAACGAGCAUAAAGAUGAAGAGACUACGGUAGGAGAGUUACUGUAUCAAGUUGAUCAACUUUGUUGUUUACAGUUACAAUGCGUGUACAAAAAUCCGUUAACCGUUUUUUUUUCAGUGGACCACAAUAACUCCCGCUCGUAAAUCGCUUCUACAUCUCUCGGUCAUUGUGCUCACAAUCUACGUGCUCUAUUUCAUUGAAUUUUUCAUGUUUUACAGAAAAACGCAUUUGGUACGCGUUUCCCUUUGUUCCAUCCAUACUCUAUUCUCUCUAUUCAACACUUUAGCACUAUUGUACAUCUCCGACCAUCUCCUCGCCAAUCUCUCACCACUAUCCGCCCAUGGAGACCACUGCUUCUUCUUCUUCUUCCUCUUCUUCUUCUGCUUCUUCUUGUUCUGUCACUCAAAUUGAGGAAAAAGAGGGAGAAGAGAACAAUAAUGAUGGAGAGACGGAGAGAAGAAGGAAGAAGAAGAGAGAGAAAGCCGGACACGAACUGAUCAAUUUGAGAGAGUCGGAGCAGGAUGGAGCGGAGAUUUGUGGCCUUAAGGUGAGUGAAUACAGUAUUCCAUGGUAGAGUCAAUCAAAAACUGCUGUUUUGUUUCCAGCCCCGCGCCCUCAUCAUCCUGUUCGGCGACGGAUUGCACAAUCUCGUCGACGGCAUCGCAAUCGGCGUCUCUUUUGUUCUCUCGCUCAAACUCGGCUUCAUGACGACGAUCGCGGUGGUGUGCCACGAGCUUCCGCACGAGAUUGGCGACCUGGCGGUGCUCGUCGACUCGGGACUGUCCAUGUGCACCGCGCUGCUGCUCAAUCUUCUCUCCGCACUCACCGCCUACAUUGGACUGUUCGUCUCGUUCGUUUUGGGAGACAAUCCCGAAGUUGUGAAGGUGUUACUCGCGCUCACCGCUGGAAUGUUCCUAUAUGUUGCCUGGGUUGAUAUGGUGAGUCGGACUUUGAAGCCCGGACCAGGGGUGUGCGGAAAAUUUUUUUCGGAAAAUUCCGGAAAAUCGGUUUUUCCGAAUUUUUUUUUUCGGAAAAUUUCGGAAAAUCGGGUUUUCCGAAUUUUUUUUUCGGAAAAUUUCGGAAAAAUCGGAAAACUCACUUGUUCAUUGGUUCAAUAAAGUGUUUAAACAAACACGCUUUCUCACCGUUUUUCCGCCCAGUUAAAUAUACGUCCCACUUUCCCAUUACGUCAGCUUUUCUGAAAAAACAACACAAAUCGCAACAAUCGGUUCAUUAGAAUGAGAAAAACGAAAGAAAUUGCGUAAAAUUUAAAAAUCAAAUUUAAAAAGACGCUCGCUGCUAGACCCUUCCAAAAAUUUUGUGAUGCGCCUUUAAAAAGCAUACGGUGGUUUCGGACAAAUUGACCUUGAAUCCACACUAAUUUUCCGAAAAUUUCUCGGAAAAUCGGAAAAUUUCGGAAAAUUUCGGAAAAUCGAAAUAUUUUCCGCACACCCCUGGCCCGGACCCUAAAAUGUUGCAGUUGUCGCAUCUGAAACAUGACUCCCUGAUGGCCGACCACUGGAUCAUCACCUCGAUCCUUCAAUUGUCGGGUUUCACGCUCGGAUUCGUGCUCAUAUUCACGCUCGGAUGGUUCGAACACGUUUUGGAGUUGUAG